AUGUCUUCCCCACAACAAUCUUCCGGCACCACAUGGACGCCAGGCGACUUCGAACACCCCAAUCCAGCACUGCGUCGGUCUAUAACCACCGCGCUAUGUUUUGCGUUCAUAUUGUCUACACUUGCCGUGGUUCUGCGAAUCGUGGCAAGGAAGAUGACAGGAAACAGACUGUUUUUGGAUGAUUAUCUGAUUAUGAUUGCUCUGUUCUUCAAAUAUGCGUGCUCGGGUGGAGUGACUGUCCUUCUUUUCAAUGGCUUGGGAUCACACAUCACAAUGAUUCCGCCCAAGAACCUUGUUGUUUACUUUCAAAUCGGAUAUUCCAACAACUUCGUAUACACUGGCUGCGUUGCCUUCAUCAAAUUCUCGAUUCUUGCCCUUUACAAGCGACUGUUCUCCACUCGAUACAUGAAUAUUGCAGUGAACGCAAUGUUUGGCUUUGUGUCUCUCUGGGUCGUGGGUGUAUAUGUUGCCGGAGCUCUUAUUUGCAUCCCUGCAAACAAAUUCUGGGACCAAUCGGUGGAAGGGGCUUGUCUCGAUCCUUACAAAUUCGCCUAUGGCUUGCAAGUACCAAACAUCUUGGGGGACCUCAUUAUCCUUGUUAUGCCUAUGCACGUCGUGUGGUCAUUGCCAAUCUCCAAGUCCCAGAAGGCGCUUCUUUGCGGGGUGUUCCUUAUCGGUGGGUUAACAUUGAUUUUCGAUAUUUUCCGACUCCAGGCCAUGAUCCGAUUGUCUGAUCUUGGCCCUGAUAUCACCUACAAUCAAGUUCCUGUCGUCGUGUGGACCUGUAUUGAAGCAGCGGUGGGAAUUACUGCCGCGUGUCUCCCUAACCUUCGUCCUCUGUUCAAACUGCGACAACGUGGCUUCUGGUCUCAGCUUCGAUCUUCCAGCAACCACUCUGGAAAGAAUCUCAUCAGCUCAAAAACUUCUGGAAGCACUAUAACCUCUCAGGAGAAGCCAUAUGACUCGUCUGUCGCCGGGGAAAGUUUUGAAGUGGCUCGAUAUAAUGAGUACACUAAGUGUGUCAAGGAGUAG